AUGUCCGAGUCGAUAUCCCCAACCACCUCGCCGGGCACUGGUUUGCAAGCCUUGGGAUCUGAUGACACUGUGCAAUCCCACCAAGGCGAUUCCAGUGCUUCUACUUCGGAUGGGUCGAGUGCCGUGGCGGCUGAGAUUCUCCGUCGACGGUCGAUCCAGUUCAACGUUCCAACUGCUACCGCCGAGUUAUCAAGAAAACGGGCAGAGAGCACGAGAAGUUUGACCCACCGCGGUAGUCUCGGCAGAAUCCCCUCCCCUCCCCCGCCCAGUGCCUACAAUCGCGGCGUCUCCUUCGACACCUUCGACAACCGUGACGCCACUGAUUUCUCAUUAACGCUCAAUUACAAACACAAAGACUAUCAGGCCACCCGGCGCAGUCGAACUUUUCUUUGCGGUACUGAUCAGAACGAAUAUUCCGACUUUGCACUCGAAUGGCUGAUUGAUGAACUUGUCGACGAUGGGGAUGAGAUUGUCUGUUUACGGGUCGUUGAGAAAGACUCGAAGAUUGCUAGUGAUGCAAGCGUUGAGGAGAGGAAGUAUAGACAGGAGGCACAAAAGUUGCUUGAUCAAGUGAUUGCCAAGAAUAGCCAGGACGAGAAAGCUAUUAGCUUGGUUAUGGAGUUGGCUGUUGGCAAAGUACAGGAGAUUAUACAACGAAUGAUCCAAAUCUAUGAGCCCUCCGUGCUUAUCGUUGGAACCCGUGGACGCAGUCUAGGUGGUAUGCAAGUCCUCCUCCCUGGCUCGGUCUCAAAAUACUGUCUCCAACAAUCUCCCAUCCCCGUCAUCGUCGUUCGCCCCACCGCGAAACGCGAGAAGAAGAAACAAAAGCGUCUUGCGAAUCCCUCACGACAACGCUAUAACCACCUCCUCCGUCUGGGCGACAUGAAAAGCGGUCGUGUAUUCGACACAUCUCACAGCGCUAACAAUAGCGUGAUGAAGUUACCAGAGGAGGGUGCUCAGGCUGCUGGAACGCGCCCUGAUGGGGAACAAGAAUAUCGAAACCAUCACCUAUCGUUUUCGAAGGAUACGGCGUUGACGAAGAGUACUGAUGACGUCGAUGAUGAUGAUGAGGGGAGGAGUGAGAGUCGACGGAGUUCCAGUGUCCUUGAUUCGAAAGUAUCUGGAUCUGGAUCUGAAUUGUCUCCUGGAAUGACGGAGGCGGGUAUGCGGGAUAUUGAGAGUCCUGCUGUUACUGAUGGCGAGAACGAAGACGACCGUGAACAUGAGCAUGGACAUGAUGAUGAUGGUGGUGCUCUGGAACGGGAACGGACGGCGCAUGAUUCGACGCCAACUCCUCCUGAUGGGCGUCGUUCCGAGGAUGCGAAUGCGAAUGUGCAAGCACCCAAGACUCCUCUUGCUCCCAUUACUAAUGUCAAUGUGAGGGAAUAG